AUGAUCUCUCCUGUGCAAUCCUCCACCGAGUCGCGCCUCAACUUGGACACAGCCGGCCGCGAGUUUGAUCAAUGGCUCGACUGGAAUGGUGCCGCCAGUAUCCGGACUGGCGAUUCCUCCGCGGAUCAAACACUUGUCGAUGCCGACAGCAGCCUCUUUCACCUUCCUCUAUCUCCCUCAUCCACGGCGAAUGGAGACACCAAUCUGCCGCACAUCAAGACCGAUCUUCUCACCGCCCCUCCCACCUUCGACGUUCUAACCCCCCGACAUAGUUCGGCAUCACCAAAAUCACGCUCCAGCUCGGAUCUGAGGCUCAGCGGAGACACGCUGCGAGACCGGAAUACAUGCGAUGAGCGUCCGAUACUGAAACGGAAACUAUCUCCUACCGAUGUCCCAACCACCGACCACCGGAUGGGCGCUCCCAUCCCAGCGGCGAAGAAACGCCCACACAACGUGAUCGAAAAGAGAUAUCGUGCAAAUCUCAACGAGAAGAUCGCGGAACUGAGGGAUAGUGUACCCAGUCUCCGCAACACCAAGAAAGCAAGGUCCCAGGAUGCCUCCAAUGGAGAUUCGGACGAAGACGAUCUAGACGGGCUCACUCCAAGCAAUAAACUCAACAAAGCUUCGAUCCUCACAAAAGCUGUGGAAUAUAUUCGACACCUCGAGUUCCGUACCAAGAGACUCGAGGAAGAAAACAUGUCUUUGAAAGAGCGACUGGAGACGUUAGAUAGGGUCAUUGCCCAAGGAGGGCAUGAUGCUCAAAGAGCCGCUGCCUUCACUAGUGACACCGUCAUUGAGGAAUCUCCGGUCGUCCUAGACUCUCAAUCUCCAACAUCCGAAACUAGAAAGAGUUCGGAUCCCCCCCAGGGGCUGAUACCCCUUCCCGAGAGCUGGAGGCGACUACGACAGAACCAACCACAAGAACACUAUGGUCACAUCUACGACACCCCUUCAGAACGCUCCAGAUUCAAGGGUAAAUGGCCAACUAGAGUCAUGCUCGGCUCCCUGGCAGGCCUCAUGAUCAUGGAUGGCCUAAGUGAAUCCGACAUGGGCACGGAUUCUCGUGAAAAAGGUCUAUUUGGAAUUCCGCUCGAGCUCUUGGACGGCUGGAAGUUUCUACGCUCUCCAAGAAUUUAUCUGGCGACUUUCAGUCAAUUUUGCCAGGCGGGUGGCAUUCUUCCAUUGGUUAAAGGAUUUGUCGCCCUGACAUUCCUGGCCUUUCUCGUGUUUUCAUACUUGUUCAACUCGAAGCCUCCACCGAAAGAAGAUGUCGAGGAGGCGUGCACCAAUUCGACACAGGCACCCGCUCCGGCUUCCCCGAUCCAGGUCAGGCGGCGAGCUUGGAGCACCAGCAUGCAGGCGCUGUGUCUUCCUCAUCACAGUUUCUUCCCGGAGUGGCUCGCCAUUACCUCCGAGUGGUUUAAAUAUACAGUUGGCUACCUGUUUGGCGCUCGGGCAUAUGCCUGGCUUACUGGCCGCAGUGCCGAUGAUGACGUGGCUCGGAUCAAGGCUUGGGAUAUUGCGAUCGAUGCACAGUUAGCCGGCGGAGACGUUGAGGUCAGCCGUAGCAGAGUGCUCUUGACCAUUUUUGGAUCCGGCACAUUGCCCAGCACGCCCCUGCGACUGAUGCUGAAGGCCCUACACUGUCGGGUGCUGCUGUGGAACGUGGGCACACUCGGAACCGUCACUUCCAGCAUCGCUAACCGCGUUGGGAAAUUCUUUGCAAAUCGACAAUGGAGCCGAGCCAAGCAGGCGCACGACCAUCUACCGCUGCAUCAUUCGGAUCGGCUUCCGCGAUAUCUCUCAGAGAUGCUGGACACGCCGUGUGACGAUGUUUUCCUCGACACCGUUUGCCAAAGAGCGUAUAAUCUGAUGUACGACCGGCCAACCCAGGAGAACUCGCAAAACCCACUCUUGGAUGUGGUGGUGGAGGAUCACGCUGUGAGAUCACCGCUUGACGCCGUCGCGGCCUGGCGGUCUACUUUCUCACUAACGCAGGCCCUGGCGUUGGCGAUGGACUGUCCGGGAGCGCCUGGACUCCUGCAGGAGCACCUUUCAUAUGCGCUCAAGAUUGCACCGCCCGGGUCAGCUGCGGAGACGCGUGCAUUGGCAGCGGGCUCGGUGUUCAGCAGCACUGCCCGAAGCGCCUGUUUCGUUCGAGCAUCGACCGCCAUGCAGGCCUCCUCUCCAAACACGCAAUCAGGCACUAACACGCACCCUCCCUACUUUAUUGAUUCUUCCACGCCACUGUCUGCUCGAACGGACAUCAUGAAUUGUUUGCACUGUGCAGAGACCCUCCAGAGAUUGGAUUAUGAGCGUGACCAAGACACAGCUUUGGCCUUCUUCUCUUCGCAAAAGCUGGACCACACGGAUGCCGACCUCUUGACCAGGGCAGCGGUCAAGCAUCUUCUCCAACGAUUACCAAUGAUUGAGGGGCCAGGGCUCACUGGCGGAGAAGAGGUUCGACACCUACCACAUAACGUCUUUGUCAAGGCUGACAUGUCGAGUGUGUAUGACAGCCUGGAAAAGAUGCCGCGCCGAUACAGCACCCACAGCAAUGACACUGGUUAUGAGAGCCAGGAAGACGCCGUAGCUCUCGGGAGUCUCGGCGGUGAUAUACUGGUACAAGAGCGAGCCUCGCUGGCGCCAGGCACCGGCUUCAUGGUCUAA